AUGGAGCAAUGUGUGAAGUGUCCAGAUCAUCAGUAUGCCAACACACAGAGGACUCAUUGCUUCUUGAGAGCUCCAAGUUUCCUGGCAUUUGAAGAUCCCUUGGGUAUAGCUCUGGCCUGUAUGUCCCUUUGCUUCAGCAUCCUAACUGCUGCUGUUCUUGGGGUGUUUGCAAAACAACAAGACACUGCCAUUGUCAAGGAUAACCAGGCUCUCAGCUACAUCUUGGUCAUCUCUCUCAUCUUCUGUUUCUUCUGUUCCUUGCUGUUUCUUGACCAUCCCAAUGCAGUCACAUGCAUCCUGCAGCAGAUUACAUUUGGGAUUGUCACUGUGGCUGUUUCUACAGUGUUAAACAAUACAGUGACUGUGGUUCUGUCCUUCAAGGCCACUUCUCCAGUGAAAAGGAUGAGGUGGCUGCUGGUAUCUGGGGCUCCUAACUUCAUCAUUCCCAUCUGCACCCUCAUCCAGGUGACCCUCUGUGGAUUCUGCCUGGGAACCUCUUCUCCCUUUUUGGACACAGGUGCACACUCUGAACAUGGCCAUGUCAUCAUCCUGUGUAACAAGGCCUCCCUCUCUGCCUUCUCAUGUAUUCUGGGAUAUCUGAGCUCCUUGGCUCUGGCCAGCUUCACUAUGGCUUUUCUGGACAGGAAUCUGCCUGAUGCCUUCAAUGAAGCCAAGUUCCUGACCUUCAGCAUGUUGGUAUUCUGCAGUGUGUGGCUCACAUUCCUGCCUGUCUAUCACAGUGCCAAGGGGAAGGUCAUGGUGGCUGUGGAGGUCUUCUCUAUCUUGGCCUCCAGUGCUGGCCUACUGGGAUGCAUUUUUGCUCCAAAGUGUUACACCAUCUUGUUAGUGCCAAAUAGAAAUUCUCUGCAUGGCUUCAGGGUGAAAUACAGUAGGAGAAAUAAACAUUCUUAA